UUCAUUUGUACGGCCCUGAUCCCUGGAGCGACUUUGCUUUUGCGCAAGUGCACGCGCGACUAUCGCAACUUGCUUGUAGUGUCGCGUCGUAGUCGUUCGUCGUCAUCGUCGUCGUUGUGUAGCGUAGUCGUAGUCAUUUUAUACAAUUGUACCUUGCAUUAGCGAUUUAACAAGAAAACAUCGUUCAAAGAUGAAUAGACAAAAAUAAAUAGACAAAUAUUGGAAUCAUUCUUUUCAAUUCCACGUACGCAAACGGAAGCGAAUUGUAUGUUUGCGUUUGCAGUCGCGCGCCGCGCGCCGCGCGCCGCGCACCUGCGCUUGACCUUGGUAAGAAUCGUUCGAAUGGCGUUGUUCGAACGACGAAGGAGAAACCGAGUUUCAUUUUCCUUUUUGCGAGCAUAAUCAAGAAAAAAGAAAAAAAAGAAGAAAAAAAAGACGAAUGGUAAACGCGUCGCAUAAUAACGCGAUGCGAUGUACCGGAAAUCGUAGUCAAUUCUUUGUUCGUCUCUUUUCUUAAGUUUUUCUUCCUUUCUCACAAUCAGCAAAUUCGAUGAUGCUCUGGUGAAAAUAAAUGGAGAAACGCGAGCUAAAUUAGCCGUGACGACGCUUACGCUUGAUCGGUUAUUUCCUGAAAGCCCUGUGAUCCCUGUGAGAUUAAGGGCCUGCGGGAAAUAAAGUUGAGAAAAAUGAAGAUAAUUGUAGGAGGGCGCAACGACCGCUUUAGAAGCGACGAUAUUUAUCCCUGACCUUAACGCGAGAUCCUCUCCUGUCGUUGUUGUUGGUAGCAAUUGCGCACAACGAGGCAGGACAAAUGUCGAAACCGCAUCGCCGCGUUGCUUUUCAAAUUGUCCAUGAAUCAUAGGACGAGCUAGAACAGAGUAAACUAGCUAGUAGGCUUUAUCUUCGAAAGAGCAACCGAUUACGGACGAGAUAAGCAAGCAACUCGUUCUUUCUUCACGAAGAUCUAUCUCCAUCCGUCCAAGGACCCAACCGGAAUACACGCAAGACACGCACCGUAACACACGACAACCGCGCGGGUCCGAGCACAAGUGAUAUACGUACACAUGUGUAUUCCUAUCUUCUUUUACUUGUAUAUGUACGUGCACUUAUGCACGCAACACAUACACAUAUGUAUACAAAUGUAUAAAUGUAUAUACAUUAUCUACGCAACGUACCUUGAAGAAACUAGAGCUUAACGGUAUUCAAAAUAUUAGUUGUCGUUUAAGAAACGCCUGAACGUUCGAUAAAAACUCUUCUAUACCGUAUAACAAUAACGAACGGUCGCGCACCGUGCCAACUCGGAAAAGGUUGAUGCUUCCGCGUUUGGUGUUUGACGAGUUUUUCAAGUGUGUUCAAGAAGAUCAAUCUGAUAAACAAAACGACAAUACAUAGGUGCGAACAACUUAAACAAAAAAAUAUCGGCGGAUCUCUUAGUUAUUUUGUUCUUAAAGAGGAAUAACGGGAGUGUGGCGGAAAUAAAUCGUUAAAUACGGGAUAGCCAACAAUAUGAGAGUGGGGACCACGAGGCAACAUCAUCCACUACAGACGACGACACGUAUUUCCAACAAUGGAAAGUUCCUGGUUAAUACGAAUAAUCAGGAGGUUCAACAGCAGCAACAGCAGCAGUUGCUGCAACAACAACAACAACAACAACAACAACAACAACCACAACAACAACAUGAGCAGCCGCAACAGCAGCAGCUGCAGCAACAACAAUCACAAAUAUCCCAUCAUCAUAACCACCGUCAUCAACAACAUCAUCACCAUCAUCAUCAUCAUCAUCAUCAUCGUUAUAGGCAGCAUCCGUAUCAGCAACAUCAUCAACGACAACAGUCGGCGGGAACGAACACUGAGGAAAAUACGAGCGCGGUCGUUCCGCUCGUCGGAUUCUCGAGUUGCGAACCAACGGCACGGAACGUCGAGCAUCACGGACCAACCAUUCUCGGUGAUAGAUUCGUUCUUCUUGGUCCGGCGGAAGGCAGUGCACUUUACAGAUGCGUUGACAUCCAAACCGAUCAACAGCUAGUCGCCAAGGCAUUGACUCCAAGUGACAAAGGAUGCGAAGCGUUGCUACAAGCACACCUUCGAUUGGAGGGAACGGAGGCGGCAAGCGGUCUCGCUGGUAUCGUCGAAGGUAGCGGUGGCCGACGUUAUCUCCUUUUGGAGGGUCAUCAUGGUGAUUUGCACGCUUAUGUUAGAGCACGCAGGAGAUUACGCGAGCCCGAAGCGAGACGACUCUUCCGGCAAGCAGCCAAGGCCGUUGCCACGUGUCACGAAUACGGCGUCGUCCUCAGGGAUCUGAAACUUCGAAAGUUCGUCUUUGCGGACGAAGCCAAAACGCAACUACGAUUGGAGAGUUUGGAGGAUGCGGUGAUCGUGGAUAAGGAGGACGACAAGUUGACCGAUCGUCGAGGUUGUCCGGCCUACGUAGCACCGGAAGUUCUCAGAUCGGGAAGAGCUUAUUCCGGAAAGGCAGCGGACAUUUGGUCUCUUGGCGUUCUUCUUUAUACGAUGCUGGUCGGACGUUAUCCGUUUAACGAUGCGGAACACGCUUCGCUCUUUGCGAAAAUUUCACGGGGGCAAUUUGCUGUGCCGGAAUGUCUCAGUCCCCGGGCAAGGUGUCUCAUUCGAUCCUUGUUAAGAAAAGAACCGUCGGAGAGACCGGAUGCCGAGGACGUCCCACUUCAUCCUUGGCUCUCAAAACCACUUCGUCUUUCUUCGCCUUCGCCUUCACCUUCGCCUUCGCCUUUGCACUCGCACUCGCACUCGCACUCGCACUCGCAUUCGCAUUCAACGUCAUUUUCUGCCUCAUCGUCCUCGUUGUCCUCAUCGUCAUCUUCAUUGUCAUCCUCGUUUCCACCUUCAUCCUCCUCGACAUCUUCUUCUUCUUCUUCUUCUUCUUCUUCCUCCUCCUCCUGUUAUUUCCCUUCGGGGAGAUCCGCUUCUCAGGACCAGAUCGUACCGGAGCUCGUUAACGAUCCUCGACAAGACUGACUCUUCGAAGAAGAGACGAUUAUUAUCCUUUAUUCCGCGCGUUAAUAGCGCCAGCUCUACGUCUUAUUUUAAACAAGCAAACAAACAAACAAACAAAUCUUUAAACUAAUGUAAGAAAAGAAAGACAUGCAUAUUAUUUUUAAGUGAAAAAAUUGCGCCAAGAUCAUCCCUCGUCUCUUUUCGCAGAGAGACUUACCGAUUCUUCAUUUGUAUAAUAUAUGUAUUAUAUAUUCCUUGUCUCGUACCAUUUCCCUUCGAAUGUUAAUUUGAUUAAUAUUUCAAAUAAGAAGGAACGACGGUGAUGGCGACGGCGAGUUUUUACGCCAAGUUUUACGCCAGUUUUUACGCGAGUUUCUACGAGAUACGAUCGAAAUAUAAUGUAUUUUCAAGAUUAUUCAAACGUAUCGUGUCGUUAAAAAAACACGAAUGUAAUAUUUUUUACCAAAUGAUCUAUGUCUUUCGAAUCUUUCGAUCAUAUCUCGUAGGACUUUUCCGUUGCUUGCAUAAAGAUUGAUAAAGGCAGGAAAACCGAUUUAAAUCUUAGAUAUUAGAGAUACGUUAUCGUUGUUGUUCCAUCGGCUUUGUGAUCUAAAGCGCGUUAGUUAGAGAGAGUUAUUCCGUAAAAUCGAUCGAUAGUUUUCAAGAUCAUCAAAUUUUCAAAAGAAAGCAGCAACGUUUAUUUAUAUUAGGAGAUGCAACGAAAAUUAAAUGUAGAAAAAAGAAAUAGAAAAACGCGUGCUGUGCGAAUAAGAGGAUGUUUGGAAAGUACCAAGUGUUCUUCUAUUUGAUACCUUUGAAAAAAAAAAAUAUCAUUUUAUAUAACGUCUCUUACGCGGAAGUAAGACUAAAAAACAAAGAAACACUCUAGAUCGCUAGAUUGAUGAUAGAAAGGUCUCGAGGAAGGUCUCGAGGAAGGUCUCGAGGAAGGUCUCGAGGAAGGCCUCCAGCUCCUUCUCUUUUUCCAUUUACUUUUGUCAAACUGUAUCUCGUCGAUUCAUACUCUAGGUGCGUCUUUAGAUACGUUAAAAAGAAAAAAGAACAUUUUUCGUAUCGUUUUAGUCAGGGUAUAAUGUAAUUAUAAGCACCUUCUUCGCAAACGGUCUACAUGUAUAUAAUUUUCAUCGACAUCAUCUUACCGAAAGCUACAAGAAGACAAACGAUUAACUUGAAUAAUUAGAAAGGAUAACGACGUUUCUGUACAUAGGCGAAAUAAAAUCAUGUUUACGACAUAAUUUCACGAAAACGAGUUAUAUCCUCCUCUGACUCCUUCCUCUGAUUUCUUCGUUCAUUCAUUUAAAACGUCGAUACGAUAAUUACAACAUAAAAGGUGAGUUUAAAUAAUUGCGCGCAUUAUAAAUUAUAUAUUAUAAAUUAAUACUCUAAUUGGUCACACCAUUGAGUAAUGCAACAAGAACGAUUAAUUGAUUGAUAAAUAUAAAUCAAAUAAAUCAUUAUUAUUAUUAUUAUUAUUAAUCAAUGUUGUAUUCCGGAUAACUAUAUCAGCGAUACUAAGAGUAGCCAUCCGUGAUAUUACAACACCUAUGUGGUGUACUUUUGUUAAUUUCAUUAGAUUGAAAAAAACAAAAAAAAA